AAUGAUGCGGACGACGUGGAGACGGCGCAGUCGUCGCAUCAGUUAACUGAAGAUAAGAAAGAUGUGGCCCUUGAGACCGAACUCGAAACAAGGACACCGUCCUCAACCAUUAUCGGGUCCAAACCAGGUGCUUUCGUGAAGCCAUCGCCGACGUUUCCAGCGUUCUCGGCGGCUGCUAUGUCACCAUCAUAUGGGCCGCUUCCAUUAUUUUAUCCAUUUUUUCUUCCCAGUCAGUCACCGUAUGGAAUGUCUUUCGGGAGGAUGCCACCUAGUGCGAUGGAUGCAAGAACCAUGUCCCCAAGUUAUGCGGCUGCUUUCGUUAUGCAACAAGCCGCUCAGACAAUGUCACCUAGCUUCGAUAUGUACAGGAAUUUCCCAUUCGCGCCUGCCUCUCCACUUCAAGGAAGUCCAGCGGCUUCAGCUAAAGGUUGCAAUCCAUUUGCUGCUGCAAGUAUGGUACGCAAUAUGACAGCGAGUGCGCCACAUCCACUCAAUUCAAUCAAUCAGAUGCGACUACCUAAUAUGGGUUCACCAAUCACUUCAAUGGCCAAUAAUCUUGCUCAAACACCAACCGGAGGACCAGCAUCCAAAAAGGUCAAAAGUGAGAGUCGAUUUGCCAAGGAAAGGCAUAUCAAAAAACCGUUGAAUGCGUUCAUGUGGUAUAUGAAAGAGAACAGACCGAAAUUAAUGGAAGAACUCGAUUAUAAGGAGAGACAGAGUGCUGAACUUAACAAAGAAUUGGGUCGACGAUGGCAUGAUCUUCCAAAAGAGGAACAACAAAGGUAUUACGAAUUGGCCAAAGAGGAUCGCGAACAACACAUGCAAAAAUAUCCUGGAUGGUCAGCACGCGAGAACUAUGCAAUUAACAAGAAAAAGAAGAGAAAGCGUGAUAAAUCUGUUGAGAACGGUGAACAGAAAAAAUGUCGAGCAAGGUUUGGAGUUAUCAAUCAAGAUCAAUGGUGUAAACAUUGUAAGAGGAAGAAACGCUGUCUUUGGUACAGAGAGGCGGCUUCACCAAUCGGAGUUGUCUCUUCAACCACACCUGGAACACCAGGUACUCCUUCGUCAUUGUCGGGCCCAGGCCUUGGAGCCAUCAGUGGGCAUGAUUCAGAUUCGGAGAGUGACGUCGAUCACGUUGAUAAAAGCACCAAUCGAACAAUAUUAGAUGAAGUACAAACCGAACAAGUUGCACCACUGUUGUGUCAAUGA